CCGCAACUUCAGAAACCUUCCUCCCUGAGCCUAACCUAAAAACAGAGAGAGAGAGAGCGAGGAGAAAAUGAAGACGAUCCUUUCUUCCGAGACGAUGGACAUCCCCGAGAGCGUCAGCAUCAAGGUUCACGCCAAGGUGAUCGAAGUCGAAGGACCCCGCGGCAAGCUCGUUCGCGACUUCAAGCAUCUCAACCUCGAUUUCCAGCUCAUCAAGGACGCCGAGACUGGGAAGAGGAAGCUCAAGAUCGACUCGUGGUUCGGAUCUCGCAAAUCAAGUGCAUCCAUCAGAACCGCUCUUAGCCACGUCGAUAACCUCAUCACCGGUGUCACCAGAGGUUUCAGGUACAAGAUGAGGUUUGUCUAUGCUCAUUUUCCCAUCAACGCUUCCAUCGGCGGUGACAGCAAGUCCAUUGAGAUCCGUAACUUCCUUGGCGAGAAGAAGGUUCGGAAGGUAGAGAUGUUGGAUGGUGUAACCAUUGUUCGGUCUGAAAAAGUUAAGGAUGAGAUUGUUCUUGACGGAAAUGACAUCGAGCUUGUCUCAAGGUCAUGCGCCCUUAUCAACCAGAAAUGUCACGUGAAGAAGAAGGAUAUCAGGAAGUUCCUCGACGGUAUCUAUGUUAGCGAGAAGAGCAAGAUUGUUGAAGAGGAAUAGACAUUCAUUUCUCGUCAUCUUUUGAAUGUUUAGUUUGUUUAUCACAGACCAAAGUCACCGGUGUUGCAAAACUCGGCUUAUCCCUUGUUGUCUUUUUGUUCGAGAUUUUUAUUUACUUUUGCAUAAGUUUUGGAGACACAAUUUUCUAGUCUUUUUACCCAUUUUACUCUUCUGAAUCGUCUUAAUUUUUUUGAUUAA